AUGGCGGGUUCUUCUAUACCGGCGCAUUUGUCUAUGAUCAUUAUAGGAUGUUUUCAAUUGAUAGGCAGUACUGUUACACCAUUCUUCGUUGAAGGCUCUGGGAGGAGGAAAAUUUUGAUGCUAUCAUGUGCCACUUGUUCUUUAAGUAUGUUUCUGCUUGGUCUUUACUUCUACUUGGAUCUCAUUGGCAAUCCAAUUGUUGAUAAUAUAAAAUGGAUGCCGCUCGUCGUUCUCAUCUUAUACUAUAUUGGAUAUGAUUCUGAUUGUCAUCAUCCCUAUUAUUACUAUGAAAAGACAUUUUUUGCAGGUCUCGGCAUAAUUCCCAACGCCAUAAUAGGGGAGAUGUUCACUAGCAAUGUCAGGAGCAAGGGUUCCACCGUGACCAUGACCACGUCGUGGCUGUUCGGGUUCGCUGUGACGACAGCCUUCGGUGCACUGUUGGAGACUGUUGGUGGUCACGUGGCCUUUUGGUUUUUCUCCGCCACGUGCGCGGGAGCAGUGUUGUUCACAUUCUUCUUCGUACCAGAGACAAAAGGGAAAACUUUGUUGGAGAUUCAAGACUCAUUGUGA